AUGACAUCCACCGGUCGUUCAACCAUCAUUCAAAAAUCUUCAUCAAUCAAGUUACCAAGAGGAAAACAUCAAUUAAAAAGGAAGGCUACACAUAUAUGUGCUAUACCUAUGUUUGACUUGACAUUAGAUGAAAAUAUUAAUGAUGCCCAUAUUAUUGAAGAUGUUUUCCGCGAUUACUUGGAUCAUGGAGACCAGAUUGUUAUAUGCCAGAUGUGUCAUGCAAAACUAUGGACAGAUGAAUCGGUUAGAGGGAAACAAAAAAGGAAUACAUCUUAUUCCUUAUGUUUUGGUUACGGCAAAGUUGAGCUACCACCUUUAAAAGAAGCACCGUCAUCUUACAAAAAUCUUUACCGUUCCGUAGAUUCUAAAAGCCAAUACUUCAUGAAGAACAUUCGACGUUACAAUUCAAUGUUUUCAUUUACAUCAAUGGGAGGCAAAGUUGAUUCAUCUAUCAACACAGGCAAUGCACCAUACAUAUUCAGACUUAGCGGUCAAAAUUAUCAUAGUAUGGGAAGUCUUCUACCUACAGGUGGAUCAAGACCAAAAUUCUGUCAGUUAUACAUAUAUGAUACGGAGAACGAGAUUUCAAAUAGAUCGACAAGUAUUGGUGGAUCAACAAAUGCUUCUACAUCAAGUUCAAGACCAUAUGAUCUCCCGAUUAUAGAAUUUUUGAAGGUUAUGUUAGAUUCAAACAAUGCGUUGGUGAAGUCUUAUCGGAUGGUAAGAGACAGUCUUCAUGAAAAUCCUGGCUCUAAUUUGAAGUUAAGACUAAUCGGAAAAAGAGAACAAGAUGGAAGGACGUAUAACUUACCAACUUCUUCUGAGGUAGCCGCUUUAAUUGUUGGUGACAUUCAUGAUUCAAUUGAAAAAAGAGACAUCAUUGUUGAAACCUCAUCGGGAUUACUAAAGCGUAUCAGUGAAUUACAUCCUUCUUACCUUGCUCUACAGUAUCCAUUACUAUUUCCAUAUGACGAUGAUAGUUACAGAGUUGACAUCCUUCAUAGAGGUAUUACAUCUUCAAGUAACAGCAAGCGCCCGACAUGUACGAUGAGAGAAUUUUUCGCUUAUAGAAUUCAAGAUAGAGAUCAAUCAUUCUCACUAAUUCUUAAUGCAAAAAGGUUGUUCCAACAAUUUUUAGUUGAUGGUUAUACCAUGAUUGAAAGUGAGCGAUUAUUUUUCAUACGUAAGCAACAAAAAAUUCUUAGAUGUGAGACUUAUGAGAAUCUGCGUGAUCACCAAGCACAUGGGAGUACAGAUAUUUCGGACGUUGGGCAACGUGUGAUCUUACCUUCUUCAUUUACCGGUGGUGCACAUUAUAUGAUGCAAAACUAUUUGGAUGCCAUGGCGCUAUGUAAAUGGUUUGGAUAUCCAGAUUUUUUCAUAACCUUUACGUGUAAUCCAAAAUGGCCAGAAGUUCAAAGAGGUCUGCCUCAUAGUUAUAUAUGUCUGUUUAUGCAUUCUGACUGCAAGCUUCCUACAGUUGAAUAUAUCGAUCCACUUAUUUCUGCUGAGAUUCCAAAUAUUGAUGAAGAUCGAGAAUUAUAUUCACUUGUCAAGGAGUUCAUGAUUCACGGUCCAUGUGGAGCUGAAAAUUUCAAUUGCCCAUGCAUGGUAGACGGAAAGUGUUCUAAAAACUUUCCAAAGCAAUUCUGUAAUCAUACUUCAGUUGAUCCAGAUGGUUUUCCCUUAUAUAGGAGAAGAAAUGAUGGAAAUUUUAUUGAAAAAUCUGGUGUUCAGUUAGAUAACAGAAACGUUGUUCCAUACAACAAAUAUCUGUUAAAACGAUACCAGGCACACAUCAAUGUUGAAUGGUGCAAUCAAGGAUCUUCUAUAAAAUAUUUAUUUAAAUAUAUAAACAAGGGUCCUGAUAGAGCGACUUUUGCUAUGGUGCAAAGCAAUAAUGAUUCUGAUAAGAACGAUGCAGUGGAUGAAAUCAAAGAAUACUAUGAUUGUAGAUAUAUAUCUGCAUGUGAAGCAUCGUGGCAGAUUUUUAAAUAUGAUGUUCAUUAUAGGCAUCCUGCUGUGAUUAGACUACCUUUUCAUCUGCCUGGUCAACAACAAGUUGUAUAUGAGGCAGACGAUGAUAUUGAAGAUGUUCUUGACCGGCCUUCAGUUGCUUCUUCAAUGUUCAUAUCUUGGAUGAAGUGUAAUGAGAUCAAUAAAGAAGCACGAAAGCUUACAUGUGUUGAAUUUCCUACCAAGUUUGUUUGGAAACCUAAACUUCAAAGUUGGCAGCCAAGGAUAGUUGGAUAUUCUAUUGGUAGAAUUCACUCCGUUUCACCUAAGCUUGGCGAAGCAUAUUUUUUAAGAAUUCUUUUAAAUAAAGUGAAAGGUCCAAAAUCCUUCGAAGAAAUUCGCACAGUCAAUGGUGAAAUAUGUUCUUCUUUUAAAGAUGCAUGCUAUAAUCUGGGUCUUUUGGAUGAUGACAAAGAAUACAUCGAAGCAAUUAAGGAAGCAAGUCUUUCUGGAUCUGGUUUUUAUCUACGUUUCUUAUUUGCUACGAUGUUAUUGUCCAACAGUUUGUCUAAACCAGAGAUUCUAUGGGAAGACACAUGGGAAUACUUGUCAGAUGGAAUUCUUUAUACUCAACAAAAGAGAUUAAAGUCUCCAGGUUUAUCACUAAACGAAGAUCAAAUUAAAAACUUGACUUUGUUUGAGAUAGAACAAAUUUUACUCCGAAACAAUUCCAGUCUCAAAGACUAUAGAAGGAUGCCUUACCCAGAUGCUGAUUUGGUUUCAUCUUCAAACAAUCGUUUGAUAGCCGAGGAGUUAGAUUAUGACAUACCAAAUUUGAAGAAUGAGUUUGAUCGCCUCUUUGUUUCAUUAACCGACAAGCAACGCAACAUUUUUCUUGAUAUAAUGGCUAAGGUUAAAAAUAAUAAGGGAGGUGUAUUCUUUAUUUAUGGUUAUGGUGGAACGGGACAGCACACUCUCGGUUUAUAA